GGAUUAUGUUGUGAUGUGUGUUGUUGUUAUGAACUUUGCAAGAAAUCGUGAGAGAAAAGAAAAUUAUAUAUUAUAGAUAUCAUAGAUCGUCCCCUCAAAUUGUAAUCAAAAUUCACCCAACCGAACUCACCUACGUUCCACAUUGUAGCCAGUCCCUGUUUCAUCCUAAAAUUCAUCGCCUUUUUUGUAGGAGUAUGUCGGACGCUUAUUGGAGGUAUACCGACUCUCAGCAGCAGCCUCCGUCCUCGGUUCCGCCCGUCGUCGGCAAGCGCCCUCGCGUCGAUUACGAUACCUCUGGUCUUCACGAGCUGCCCAACUAUUAUCCUCGUCAAGAUGAUAGGCCUGUUCUCCAAGGAAUUAAAAGUGUUGACUCUAUCAAUGAGUCCUAUGAACGUUACCUACGCACCUCGCAAAUUUCAUCUUAUGGUGGACAGUCUGCUAGACCUGUUGGUGGGGGCGUUCCUGGUCAUCCGAUGAAUGAUCCACCUAUCUUGGGGCUUGGGGGGGUGGUUUCAGGGGCAAAUGUUAAUGAUAGAAGUACGAGCUUUGGAGGUGGGAGGCCUAAUAUGCCCCUGCCACCUGAUGCUUCUAAUACACUAUUUGUGGAAGGCUUGCCUUCCAGCUGUACCCGGCGUGAAGUAGCUCACAUAUUUCGUCCUUUUGUUGGCUACAAAGAAGUGAGACUUGUUAACAAGGAAUCCAGAAGUGCUGGAAGAGAUCCAGUGGUGCUUGGUUUUGUAGAUUUUGUGAGUCCUGCCCAUGCAGCCACGGCCAUGGAUGCCUUACAAGAGGUCACUAUUGGAGAAUUUGUGCCUUCAAUUUAUAUAUUUAUUUUGGCUUGUCUUGACGGAAAAGUUGUCUACUCAUCUUCCUUUUGCGUAAUUCGUGAUGUCCUUCUUUUCGUGUCUUUACCCAAACAUGGGUAAAUCUCUCUUUAUAUGUCUUUAUUAGUUGUUUGAGAUAGUUAAGUCAAAAGUAAAAAACAAAAUGCAGGGUAGCUGAACAGCAGUGUGGAAUCAGUUUAUUUUUAGUUAGUACAACUCAACCUCCUUCAUUACUCAUGCAGCCACACGCCGAAUAUGGAAAUAAAGGUGCGACUGCAUGAGCACAUACGAUUCAACAAUGUAAUUGGUAGAUAUUUUUUGUAGGAGCUAAGGAAGCUAGGCUGUUUUGGUGGGCUUGUUAAAGGGUAUAGGCAUUAUUAUUGGCAUUUGACUAUUAGUCUCGCUCUAGUUUCCUGCCAUAUUGAAUAUGAGAUUAAGUUGAAAGCUCCAGUUUUAAAAGAGUGGUGUACAGGGAAACAAUUCAUAGGUUACGUAUCCUUUUAUCGACAUCAAUAACAGUAUUGAUGUCAAAUGGGAAAUUUAUCUAAAGUGGCUGCCACAUUUCAUAUUGGGUGCUUGGUUAAAACACGUCUUUUAAUCUCAUGCAUUUGACAGUUCAUAUAACAUAUGUGACGGCCAUAUUAAAUCAUCCCUUCAUUGUUGGGGAUGUAUUUCUCAUGUGUAUUGUAUGGCUCUCUCCUCUCCAAGGUGGGAUUGUGUUUGCAUGUGUAUCAUAACUCAUAGGGCUCUUAGAUUCCAAGUUGUGUGGCUUGAAGAAUUUGAGUUUCGAUCCUAUCCUGCAUUCGGCCAGUAGGAAAUCUGGUUAGUUGUGUACUUGGUGUCAUAGAUUAUUCAGUCCAGUACCUCAUGUUUAAUUUCAGUUCAGCAGAUGUGAAGCUUAUUACAUUUAAGGUGGAUUGGUUUCGAAGUUUAGCUAUUGUCUUGAUUCGCACGGGGUUGCGGGUUCUGGUAAUGAUAAAUUUUGUUUAAUAGUUUUAUUUGAUUAUUAUCUCUAUGGUCUUUUGAUCGAACAUUCUACAUCCGUAAUCUUAGCGUCAAAAUGUUUACUUGGAUUGGGGUUCGUGCGCAUCAAUUGUUAGAAAGACUAAAUCAUGAUUGCUGAACUCAACCAUGAGAUCAUACGUCCAAGCGUGUAAUAAAGUCCUUUGUGAUAUGCCCUUUUGAAUUACGUAGUAGAGUUGAUUAUAAUAAAUCAUAAAGGUGAAUAUUAGACUAUUUAUGAUUCAAAUCAUUUUACACGACUUGCA